AUGAUUAAGGAAAGGUGGCCAUCAUUAUUUGAAAAUAUUCUUCCUACCAACUUUAUUCUUCGCAAGAUUGAUUCCAGAGUAGUUAUAACUAUUUUCGAUCAAAUUAGACAAUAUAAUAAUGGGCAAGACGAAAGAGGGGAAGAAAUGUUCCCAUAUCAAUUAAUUUCUAGUCAUUUUCCCCAGCAACCUCCUAACGAUAAAAUUCAUAUUAUU